AAAGCAUACUUUUUUCGUUGACAUGCUUCAACUUCAGUUUUCGAGAAAAAAAAUUCAAGACAAAAUUAUCAAGUAAUGUGUAAAACGGUGCAGGUUAAGGUAAUUUGCUAAAGGUUCGUAUCCGAGGGCAGUUAAGGGGGGUGGGGGCGAUAUGGGAAACGCCGGAUCCGCUGAAUCAUCGAAAAGUCGAUGUCGGAAAGAACGCGACAACGGCGUAGAUGAUCGUCCCGGAAGGACUAAGAAAGUUGUCAACGGUCCGGAGUCGCAGGUUAAUGGAAGGGAAUUGAUCAAAUAUCGCACCACUAAUCCCUUCAUCAUCUUUUUCUUACGGUUGCGUAGUAAGAAGCCGAAGGAGCACGUAACCGUAAUCGCGCGAGCAGCCGGAAAAUUAUGGACUAGGAUGACUCCGGAUCAAAGGAAAAAGUACAUUGAUUUGGCAAAAGCCGAAAAAAAAAGACGCGAAGAGAGGAGAAGAAAACGAAGGCCAAGGUAUAAGAGGUGCAAUUAAUUCUUGUCGUUGCGAUUCUUCACGUAGAAGAAGGUAACGAGAUACGGACGGAGGAUUAAUGAGAAACUGACCGAGAAGACUGAGAAGAAAUUAAUCGUAUCGAAGAUCGAAGAUCGAAGAUAGUUUUCAAUGCUUCGUGUCAGCCCAUUUAACUAACAGAUUCGCUCAAAUUCUAUACGCACAAAUCUCCGUAUUUUUGAUUCCUUUUUAUUUGUUAGUACUUUUUUUAGAUCUAUGUACAAUAAAUAUUGAUGUAUUUUUACACUA